AUGUUCUUUGUUUCACUCUCUUUCAUUCGUCUCAGCCUUUUUCUCUCGCUCUCUUUCUCCUUGCCCUUUUUUUCUCUUGCUCUCUUUCUCCUUGCCCUUUUUUUCUCUUGCUCUCUUUCUCCUUGCCCUUUUUUCUCUCGCUCUCUUUCUCCUUGCCCUUUUUUUCUCUCACUCUCUUUCUCCUUGCCCUUUUUUUCUCUUGCUCUCUUUCUCCUUGCCCUUUUUUCUCUUGCUCUCUUUCUCCUUGCCCUUUUUUUUCUCUUGCUCUCUUUCUCCUUGCCCUUUUUUUUUUCUUGCUCUCUUUCUCCUUGCCCUUUUUUUUCUCUUGCUCUCUUUCUCCUUGCCCUUUUUUUCUCUUGCUCUCUUUCUCCUUGCCCUUUUUUUCUCUUGCUCUCUUUUCUCCUUGCCCUUUUUUUCUCUUGCUCUCUUUUUUCUUGCCCUUUUUUCUCUUGCUCUCUUUUUUCUUGCCCUUUUUUUCUCUUGCUCUCUUUUCUCCUUGCCCCUUAA